UAAGCCGCUCUCCAUUUACAUUCCUGCGCUGGCUGCAGGGGAAAGCCUCCUGGCUAACCAGGAGGAAGGGGCGGGGCGGGGCUCAAAGCGGAAGUCCCUUCGCCCGCUGACGUCACACGGAAGGGGCCGAGCUCGCGCCUAGGAAGCAUGGCACUCUGGCGGGCAUACCAGCGGGCCCUCUCUGCUCACCCAUGGAAAGUACAGUUCCUGACAGCUGGGUCCCUGAUGGGCCUGGGUGAUGUUAUCUCACAGCAGCUGGUGGAGAGGCGAGGUCUGAAGGAACACCAGAUUGGCCGGACCUUAACCAUGGCCUCUCUGGGCUGUGGCUUUGUGGGCCCUGUCGUAGGAGGCUGGUACAGGGUUUUAGACCGGCUCAUCCCUGGCACCACCAAGGUGGACGCACUAAAAAAGAUGUUGUUGGAUCAGGGGGCCUUUGCCCCAUGUUUUCUAGGCUGUUUCCUCCCACUGAUAGGGACACUCAAUGGACUGUCAGCCCAGGACAAUUGGGCCAAACUCCAGCAGGAUUAUCCCGAUGCCCUCCUCACCAACUACUGUCUCUGGCCUGCUGUGCAGCUAGCCAACUUCUACCUGGUCCCCCUUCAUUACAGGUUGGCUAUUGUCCAGUGUGUUGCUGUCAUCUGGAACUCCUACCUGUCCUGGAAGGCACAUCGGCUCUAGGUCUGCCUCACUCCACUGCUUCUACCUUGCAGUGAUACAGCUUGACUCUGGUCAGAUGACAUCCUCAAAGUGGGCACAUUGGUUUUCAUGGAGUUCGGUUGCUGGUCACAACUUAAUGGGGUUAGCACAAUGAAAUGGUCCAUUUCGCUCUAAAAUAUAAACUGACUCCUUUUUGAAUUCACUGAAA